AUCGGUGUCGAGUACGAGACGACAUUUUGGUGAGAUUGUUGUAUGAAUGGACGGGCGGCCGGUCAGCUUCGCGCGGGAUAAAUAAAGUGUUUACAUCUGUCAAUCGUUGUGUUGAAUCUGAGCUGGCGGCGGACCGGGCGAUUUUGUACUUUACACACUUAAAUCUUAUAUUCGUGUCUUAUGAAGUUGCUGAAGCCUUCGUGGGUCCAUCACGAUGAUAAACCUAUUUUCUCGGUGGACGUACAUCAAGGUGGCCUUAAAUUCGCGACCGGCGGCCAGGGCAAUGAUUCCGGCCGGGUAGUUAUCUGGAAUCUGCUGCCGGUGCUCUCCGAAAAAGCGGAGAUGGAUUCCACCGUGCCCAAGAUUCUUUGCCAAAUGGAUAACCACCUGGCGUGUGUCAACUGUGUGCGAUGGUCGCAGAAUGGAUUGAUGUUGGCGUCAGGAUCGGAUGAUAAAUUGGUGAUGAUUUGGAAGAUGUCGAAGGGCUCCAGCGGUGUUUUCGGAUCAGGAGGAAUAACGAAAAACCCUGAAACAUGGAAAUGCAUCUCCACUCUUCGUGGUCAUGCUGGUGAUGUUUUGGACUUAGCAUGGUCUCCGCAGGAUCGUUGGCUAGCUAGUUGCAGUGUAGAUAAUACGAUAAUCAUCUGGGACGUUCAUGCCUUACCAUCUAUGAUAACCGUUCUCAAAGGUCACACAGGCCUCGUUAAAGGUAUCGCCUGGGAUCCUGUGGGAAAGUUUGUAGCUUCACAGAGUGACGAUCGUAGCGUUCGAAUAUGGAGAACAUCAGAUUGGACAUGCAGCAACAUAAUUACCGAACCAUUCGAAGAAUGUGGUGGAACAACACAUAUCUUACGACUAUCAUGGUCUCCGGAUGGUCAAUAUUUAGUAUCGGCACAUGCUAUGAACGGUGGAGGACCAACUGCACAAAUCAUUGAACGUGAAGGUUGGAAAUGUGACAAGGAUUUUGUCGGUCAUCGAAAGGCGGUGACUUGUGUACGUUUUCACAAUUCGAUACUAAAGCGGCAAACACAGAAAUCGAAUAAAUCGCAACAGUACUGUUGUUUGGCGGUUGGAUCGCGAGACCGAUCACUAUCCGUUUGGAUGACAGCUCUGCAGCGACCGCUUGUCGUAAUCCAUGAUCUGUUUCAGGAUAGUGUCUUAGAUUUAUCAUGGGGCCCCGACAAAUACAUUUUAUUGGCUUGCAGCGGAGAUGGCUCCGUCGCUUGUUUGCAAUUUACGGAUAAGGAGUUAGGGACACAACUAUCAGAAGAAGACAAGAAUGCCCUUUACCAACGAAUGUAUGGCAAGAGUGCGACCCUAGAUGUGCAUGCUUCACCGGGACGCGAUAUGAUAAUUGAGAAUGCUGAACUUUUGAAUAUUACACAAGAAAAGCUGAAACCUCCGUCUGUAUCAAACACAAUGCCACAUCCUAAAACCUCUCAACCAUCGCUAAAUUCACAUUUCAAUGGUGAACAAACAACAUUUUCCGUUUCGACUCCUGUCAAAGCAAUUAGUAAACAAAUUGAGACAAGAACCGCAGAUGGCAAACGCCGCAUAACGCCUAUGUUCAUUCCAUUACACCAAGACACUGGAGAAUCAACAGAACCACCAGAACUCAACAGUACUUCUCGAAACUUUAACUCUGAAAGGAUUGAGGAAAGCGCGGAUCAUGUUGCCGAGGUGAUUACAAACUCAAGCAAAACGAUAACACCUGAAGGCCAGGCUCACUUAGACAAUCGUCUAACAAAAGCCCCAUACACAUCAUCGGCCCCGGCAAGAAGCUCCGCAAUAUCAAGAUCUCAACCAUCGUCCAGUCAAAAUGCACAGAAUAUAACGGAACGGAAACCAACCGGUCCAACGCGACUCAAUGUAGGGCAAACGGUGAAAAGUGGAGGAGCGUCAUCAUCGGAGUAUGUAAAGCAAGUCAGUGACUUUAGAGUUCACGUUCAUAACGGAAACGUAACAACAACUUUAGGGCCAUUGAGUAAGGUGACUUGUUGGGCUUUGGGUGCAAACGAGAAGCUCUGGGAAACACUAAUAGGGUCGCCUAUUGUAAACUUUAGUUUAUGCGCAAAAUAUGUGCUGCUAUGCAGCCAAGACGGAACAAUAAGAUUUUUACAUAUUAGAACUGGUAUAAAUGCUUUGCCGAUUCUUCAUUUAGCGACGGCUGCCACACAAUGUGCAUUUUGCCCACUAGGAGUUCUUGGUGGUGUUAUAUCAGAGUGUGGACAGCUUCGCGUUUGGAAUAUAGAAAAACAAGCAAUUUACAUAACAUCAUCCUGCGCCGAUAUUUUUAAAUCCGGCCAAGUGGUUCAAUUUACAAUAACUGAAAAUGGGAUUCCAUUUGUAUUGUUCUCCAAUGGCAGUUCCUAUUCAUAUUCAAAAGGGAUGGAAUGCUGGAUGGUCUUGAAUUCAAAAGACCCAGUAAUUCGACACGGGCUACAGUCGACCAUACCAAAAGACUUUCAGCGAAACAUUCGUACUUAUCCUAUUAUGUCUAUUCAAACGGCAUCAAAUAGUUUUGGUACGAAUGUGGUAGAUCUGAACACAAGCCAGUGGCAGAUAUCAGCGAAACUUUCGUUUAUCGAGAAUCAAAUAAAACUGGCGGAGGCCGUAAAGUCCCCUGAGGAAUUAAAGUAUUGGUACUUGAUGUUAGGCUAUCACUUAGCCAAGCACGGUACCGAAAAACGAAUAAGACUGCUAUUAGACGACCUACUGGGACCAACGUAUUGUGGAGAGUCAGCAGAUAAAUCAAAAAUUUUGAAUGUGGAGAAGCGAACCCUAUUGGAAACGGUCUUAAAUAUAAUAAAGUUGCAUCCACAGUGGCAAAGGGUCUAUAUGGAAUAUUCAGAACAAUUAAAUUUUAUCACUGCCAUCUCAAAACGAUCGUCGAUAUCCAAUGAUAUGGAAUCGUAAGAAAGAUGCAAGAAUUUCGUAUUGAGAUCGCUGUGUAAAGUUGAGAAAAUAUGGGUAAUAGCUGCAAGGACGCAAAUAAGAGAGUGAGAGUGCUAGACAGACAUGCGAUAUGAUAUUUUUUUAAAUAUUUGUACGCAUAGUUUUGUGAUUUUUUAAGCGUUAAAUUAUGAGUAUAUGUAUAUUGUAAUCGUAAUCAAGUAAAUGCGAGUAACGAUCGUAUGAUAUAAAUUAAGCAUUAGUUUGAUAGCGCCAAUUGUAUAAAAAAGUAAUAAAUUCAAUAAUGGCA